CUAGGUCAUAUAGAGUGACCCAGAAGCCAGAGAGAGACUCAGAGCUUAGAGAGGUAAUCGAAGAAGAAGAGAGGAAUGGCCUCGAACGCAGCGGUGCCGUUUUGGCGAUCGGCCGGUAUGACCUACAUCACGUACUCCAACAUCUGCGCCAGUCUCGUUCGCAAUUGCCUCAAGGAGCCUCACAAGACCGAGGCCAUCUCCCGCGAGAAGGUCCAUUUCGUCGUCUCCAAGUGGGCCGACGGCAAGCCCGAGAAGCCCACUAUUCGUACGGAUCAACCAGAAUGAGCUGAGAACUGCUGAAGUGGUCAUGUCUUUGGGUUACAUAGAUGCUUUCUCCUUUUUCUAUUUCUUGUCAAUUUGAGAGAUGUGAUUACAUCAGGUUUUCAUAUGCCCGAAACUUUCAGAUGAGGACUGAAUUCUGUGUUUUUGAGCGAUCUUUCUCAUUAAUAAUGUAAUACACUGAUUAAGUGCCUAAUUUGCCUAUUAAUAUAAUCUCGCGUCAAUACUGCUGCUUUCACAAA